CUUCCUUUUGUUCAUCCACCACGUUCCUAUGGCUGUAAUGCGAUCAAUGAGUAAACUCAACAUCAAGGCGCCGCCUCCGUCUCCGAUCCCCACCGCCACCGGCUCGCGAUCCGCCGCCAACGAGAUAUUAACCGAUUUCCUCGAGAAAUCCUUGCAGAUUCCCGAUCUAACCUUACCGGAGACGCAGGCGCUCCGCCACCUCGGCCUCUCCGAUAAGAUCGACUUCCGAUCGCUAGUUUCGAGAGAUAGAGGUUCGUUGGAGAGGUUCCUGAGAUCGGCGAGGAAUUUCGGCGCGGUGGUGAUAUGGCAGCACGGGAUCGAGACGGAGGAGGUGAGAGAGACGAAGGAAGAGGCGGCGAAGGUGUUCGAGGUGCUGGAGGAGAGGGAUACGGGAUUGAUUAGGGAUUCGGGGGGAAAGAGGGACGAGAUCGUGUGGGUGGGGUGCAAAGAAGAGCGGAUGGAGUGGGCUCGUCAAUACGUCGGCGCUCAUUUGUAUUCCACUUUCAGUGAAAAGAUAGAGAAAGUGGCAAGUAAACUUGAGGAAGUUGCAGAAGAAUUGGGGAAGAUUUUGGUAGAAAACGCAGGUAAGGGAGGAAAGAAGGGAGUGCCAAAAAGAGUGUCCCAUUUGAGCAUAUACAAGUACAAUAACAAUGCCGGUGAUAAGUCGGCCGACCAAGAUCAGAUCGGAGGAGAUGAAGAUGAAGAUGAAGAUGAAGAAAACCAACAUUGUUGUGAUUAUACGUUGAGCCUUCACUUGCCGACCAAGCACUGCCAAUUUUCAGCCAAAUAUGGGCAUCGUCUCUUAGCUUUCGAUGCUGAUCCAGACACCAUUAUUGUCACCUUUGGACAACUACUCGAGGAAUGGAGCAUGGAGGACUUGAAAUGUGUUAGGGGUCGAAUUUCAUAUCCACCACAACUGGGUGGAUCCCAAUUCUCAUUCUCCGUUGAGCUCAAGUGUUCAUCCUUAAACAUAACCCACACUUACAAAAAACCUUCCAGAAAAUUAAUCUCCUUAGGUGAUCAAUUGUUCAUUGCAGUCAUUAUCGUGUGCAUCUAUUCCGUUUUUAUGUACAAAAAAGGUUGUGCAUGAUUUAGCAAGUUGCCCUUUUUUAUUUCCCUCUUUACUUUCAAUAUCAAAGGCAUGCAAGAUGCUCUUUUAUCACAUGAAAUA